UUUUUUCCAUAUCAUACACAUUUUGUGCUCACACCAUAACAGGAUCUCCAAAUUUUCACGAAAAAGGGUUCAAAUUUUGCCUAGGAAGAUCGAUACAAGCCCUUCCAACUUUAGUAGUGGGACCAUCAGCUAGUUAAUCAUAGUACACAUUGCCGCGUGGAAUUUAUAGUAAGUAGCGGUCAGUAACGGAAAGAAGCAUCAACGAAGUUGCCGAGAAAUUUAAUUCAGUGUGAACAACAUCUGUAAAAACUUGUUCAAUAACUGAAAUAAAAGGAAUUAUCGGUGAACUGGCCACAAAAAUCUCUUGCGGCUUGGACCAAAUUCCUUGUGGUGAUGUCUAUCCAGUGGCGGUGUAUAUUUCUUAGCCGCAAUGGAACUUCUUUAAUUCCCAUUAGAUACACAUUGGGUUAAUCAUAUAGACAGCGGUUUACAUUUGAUGGCCUACAACGUUUAGUGGACUCUGAUCUACAGAUCAACACACGCUAGAUAGAACAAUCUGCAAUGGACACAGCCACCAGUAAAGAAGACGGAACCACCAAAGAUGCUCGAACGACGGCGUCCCGCGCUGUAUAGGCCAAAAUCGAGAAGCGACACAUCACCAACGGGUAGUAGAAAAAUGGACAGUGGGCGUCUAAGAGGUGAUGGUGGUGGUAGCAGUGAUGAGGAAUCUCUAAGUAGGCAAAAUAUAGAUUUAAGACAGCGGCUUCAGGAGGAAGCUGCAGUAUACAGACGGCGUCUGGAUACAUACAGGCAGGCACAACAGAACCAGGCUGCUCUAGUUAGCCGUUUACAAGCUAAGGUCCUGCAAUACAAACAGCGAUGCGCAGAUUUGGAAGCACAGAAAUCGGAUGUCACGUCAGAGACUUCGCAUUCCGUAAGGCCAACAACCCUACAUCUUCCAGCGCCGGCUAGUUCAGCACUGGAGGAGGCGCAACAGCAUCUCAGAGAAUUAAGGGAGGAGCAUAUCCAUGACCUUGACACGGCACUAAGACGGUUGGAUGAGGAACGCAGAAGAAAUGAAAGAUUACGAGGCCAGCUGGAUGAAUCUCACACGACAAAUGAAGCGCUUACUACCGAUCUUCAAAAACUGACGAAUGAUUUUGAAAACCUUCGAGAAGAAAUGAUAAUAAAGGAGGACGAGUGGAAAGACGAGGAGCAAGCAUUUAACGAUUAUUAUAGUUCAGAACACGCUCGCUUAUUGAACUUGUGGAGAGACGUAGUAUCUGUCAAACGGUUGUUUGUCGAUGUCCAGUCAGUUACGGAAAGGGACCUUUCCAAUCUUAAAUCCGAUAUUAGUAAUAUGGGGCGCGAUCUUUCGCUCGCUUGUAGUCGUAUGGAAAGAAACAUCGCUUUGGACUCAAUGAUGGGGAGUAAAGAGAAGCAUCAGUACGAGCAGGAAAUGUUGGACUUAAAAUCCCACAUUCAACUAUUACAGAGUCAACAUGAGAGUUUUCAAACGGACAUGCGCAUUAAGGACGAUCGUGUUCAACAGCUUUUGCGAGAGAUACAAAUAUUGGAAGAACGAUGUGCUGAAGCGGAACAAUCAGUAGGGCAGGUAGUCCGAAUUAAUGAAGAUGUUGAUAUUUUGCAAGGAGCCUUACGAGACAUUGCCCAUGCUUUAAUUCAGGAUGCCGAAGUUAUGGGACCAGACGCCAUAACUCAUUUACAUUUGACACCAUCGACACCAAUACCACAAAAGUCACCUAAGAGAGGUGGACCACGGGGUACAACUUCUCCAGCGGCAUUUGCAGAAAGCACUAUAUCAGCCGUACAAGCAGCACUUCACAAAUACCAAUCACUUAUUCAUGAACUACAGGUGAAACUCCAGUCAAAUAGGGAGCAACUUCUGCUAGUUCGAAAACAGCACGAAAAUUCAGAAGAAAACGUGUCAUCAUUAGAAGGGCGAGUUGCUGAACUUGUGGCACAACUAGACGCUUGUCGCGCACAAUGUUCACAGCUUUUCCAGGAGCGAGACAUGCUACAAAAAUCACUCGAUGGCUCUAAAGUGGAGAAAAAUGCUUUGGAUAGGAAUAGAAUCGAACUUAAUGCCAUGUUGGACACACUCAAUUCCGACUAUGAAAAGUUACAAAAGGAAAACCAUAAGUUACAAAAAGAAGCUGACACUUUACACGAUGAGAAAAUCUUCCUACAAGCUGAAGUGGACCGCUUGCACCAAGAGGGCGAUCUAAGAGAAAUUACUUUACGUGGCGAAGAAGAUAGGUGUAGUAGAAUACGAGAGGAACUGCUAAGCACGAGAGAAGAGCUUAAUAAACUGUAUUUGGUACAUGAUGUGUUGGAGCAACAAAAAAUGGAAUGUGAAAAUCUCAUAAGUAAUUUGGAAAAAUCCAAAGGUGAUCUAGAAGUGCAAGUGGAUCGGAUUCUGGGAGAAAGAAGUGAUGCACACGAGUCUCUGAUGAAAAAGGAAAAUAUGGCGACAAAUCUUGAGUUUGAAAAAAAAAAAUUGCAGGAGGAUUUAAAAAAACUUUCAGAUGAAAAGAUGGCGUUGCAUUCGCAAUGCAAUGAUCAGCAAAAUGAUAUACAGAGUUUGAGAAAAGAAUUGUUGCAAGCGGAGCAACAUAGACUGGAUUUAGAGGCAGAUAAACAAUCUUUGAAUGAGAGAAUCAAAUUUUUAGAAAUUGACAAGGGAAAGGUCGAGAUGGAAUUAGGACAAGUCUUAAGAGAAAGGGCAGACCUAAGCAAUCAACUUACUGUACUCAAUCGCAAAAAAGAAGCUAUAAAUGAAGAACUUAUGCGUACAAAACAGCGCCUGGAACAGUCAAAUGAAACAAACGGUCGUAUAAAUAGAAACUUGGAAGAACUGGUAAAGGAAUGCGAACAGAAACAGUGUGAACUCGAUACAAGUGAUAAAGAAAUUCAACGUCUCCAAGAACAGCUAGCCGCAAUCAGAUCAGAAAAGGAAGCCCUCGAGGCCGUUUUGUUUGACACACAAACCAACCUUGAAACUUCCGAUACAAAAAAGUUUCAACUUGAAAAGGAUCAACAAGAAUUGCUGGUCAAACAAGAAGCGUUAAAAGGACAAAUCGCUCGGCUCACAAAGGAUUUGGAAAGGUCGGAGAAGAAAUGCCAAGAUGUGAAGAAUACGCUAACGCAACAAUCGGGCAAUAAAGAAGCCGAAUUUUUACAGACCGUUUCUAAAUUGAGAAAUCAAAACGACGAGAACGUGAAAAAGCUCACAGAAGAACGUGAGAAGAUACGAAUAACUCUAGAAAAACGCUUGCAAGAUUCAUUAUAUCAAUUAAAACAGGAGAAAGAUUCCGAAAUAAGUAAUUUGCAUGAACAAUUGGUUAAUCUUCAAAAUCAUUUUGAUAACGUAUCACAGCAACAUGAAGAACUGUUACUACGAGCUGAGAAUGACAAACAGCAAGCUUUGCUCAUCGCCCACCAUGACCAACAAGCCCUCCAAGAACGUCUAGAUGCAGUACGACGAAAGCUCGAAGUCGAGCAAGAAUCAUUGGACAGACUGAAACGUGAAGCAAAUGGUAGAUUUGAACAGGACCGGUCUGCUAUCAAUCAACUCAAAGAAGAACUGAACAAAACCCGAACAAAGUUAGAGGACAUAAAAGCGAAAGCUGAGGAAGAAAAGGUUCGGCUGGAUAACAGAAUUGAAGAGAUUCGUUUAGAACGUGAUUCAUCGCAAGCAGAAUGUGAAAACUAUAAAGUUCAAUUGCAUCUGGUGGAAAACAAAGCUGAUGACUUAUCAAAUCAGUUAAACGACACCUCGCGCAAAUGCAAAGAAGCCGAGAAUAGCUCGGAAUCGUUGAGAAAAGAGCUGACUGAUGUUAAAAGGCAGCUCACAGACAGCAACUUUGAAAAAGAGAAAUAUCACGUUACAAAUAAAGAAUUACGUGACCACGUGAAACGAAGUGAAACGGAAAAACGAGAGCAAACGCGACAAAUCGAAGAAGCUUUCCAAAAAAUAUCGAAUCUGGACGAAAUUAAAUUAUCAUUGGAAAGUGAUAGGGCACGUCUUCAGAAUACGAUACGAGAUCUAGAAAAGGAUCAGUUACACUCUCAACAUCAACUGCAGUUGCUACACGACGAGUUACAGAGAAGUCAAAGCAGUAAUACUCAGCAGCAAGCAGAGGAGAAGGAACUACAAGCUCGUCUGUUAAAUGAGACCGAGGAAAGAGAAAGGGUACAGCAAGAGCUACAUCAAUUAAGGAAACAGAUGACCGAAUUAGAAGAUCAUUUGCAACAAACCCGACAAGAGUUAGGACGUUCGCGUAGUCACACUGCGCAGCUGGAAGAGCAAUGGCAUGCUAGGGAACAAGAUCUUCUCGUGCAUCUGGAGGACUCGAGGGGAAGGGAAAAACGACUCGAAGAUCAAAAACACAAUCUGGAAGUGUGUCUUGUUGAUGCCACGCAACAAAUUCAAGAGCUAAAGGCCAGACUUGGUGGCGCCGAAGGGAGAGUCAGAGCAUUGGAUGCACAACUGACACAAUUGGAAGGGUCUAAACGCGAUUUAGAACAGAAACUGAGUAGUGUUAUAUCUACACUGCGACGAAUUGCAGGAAUACAAUUAGAUGGAUCGGUAAAUAUGCCGUACAGACUUUUAAGUCCGUCAAGAAGGUGGAGUCCGGCUAGAACACAAGAACCUGAUGGAGUAAUUGAUGUAGACCCGGAAAUAGUACGAAAAGGAGUGCGCAAUCUAAUGCAACAAGUAGCACAAAUUGAACGUGAAAGAGAUGAUUAUAAAACACAAAUUUCUACAGUUAAAAAGCAAUUGCACGAAUCCCAUGAAGCUCACACUAAAGGUGAAAGUAAAUUAAACAAAAUUCUUCACAAUUUCAAAGUUUUGCAAGAAGAAAAAGGAAGUUUGGAAUCGAAACUUGGUCAAAAGAACGUAGCGCUACAGGCUCAAACGGACGCGUUACAGAAGAAAACUGAAGAGGCCCACCAAAUGAGAGAUAAGAUUGUAUCUCUCGAGCUAUCGCUAAACAGUGGAAAUGAUGAGAAGAUACAGUUUGAAGAUAAAAUAGAGAAACUUAAACUAUCACUGUCACGGUUAGAAAGUGAAAAGCACAGUUUACAAGAUGAGCUCAAUAGAACUGAAAAUAGAGCGACGAAAUUGGAAUUACAAAAAAUGGCUUUGGAAGGCGAUCUAAAACGCAUCCAGCUAAUGUUGCAGGACAAAGAUGCAAACAUCGAGGCAUUGAAAGACAAGUGUGAAAAUCAAGGCCGUGCACUGGCGAGUCUUGAAGAAAGAUGCGUUUCCUUAAAAUCGACAAUUGACCAACUCAACUUAUCGUUGGAACGUUCAUCCGGUAACGAAAACGAAUUAAAGUCUGAGAUACACCGAUUACAAAAACACCUUCUCGACACUUCCACUUCCUCCCAUGCCAACGCGGAGAAACUCAAACAGCUGCAAAAGGCACUUGCCAACUCGGAAAAUGAGCGCCGAGUUAUAGCGGAACGUUUAGACGCGGGACAACAAAAUUUGGCAGAAUUACGACGCAACAAUCAAAUCCUACAGGAUCAGGUUCAAAGAGUUAAUACAGAGCUUGCCAAUAAUGAGGUGCAGCGAGCGGGUUUAGAGUCACAACUACGAUUGGCUCAGUGGCCCGCAGAGAGUGCAGGAAGUUCGCGAGAUGAGGAUCUACUGAGACAAUUACACUCCACUCAGAGGGAGAGAAGUGAGCUUAGAGGCAAGGUUGAAUCUCUUAUUAAUAAGGUACACGAAUUAGAAAGCGAGAAACAUACUUUAGAAAGACAGGUAGGUAAAGGAUCUACCACCCCUCGAAGUAAAAUGUAUGAAAAGCCCGAGAAAUAUGACACCGACACUCCUAUGGACAGUGAUCGAUUAGAACAGGAAAACAGAGAGCUGCGUAUAAAAAUAUCACGCUUAGAGGCUCAGUUGGCGGACAAAGAGGCAGAGUUACAUCGCCUACGAAGUCAAAGACCCAAUCUUGACAACAAGUUUGAUCGAGCCGAAAUUGAAAGAUACAGAUCUGCACAAAUGCAGGCAGAACGACUAUUAGAAGCUAGAGAACAAAGUCACAGGCAGCAAGUGGCAAGACUUGAGACUCAAGUACAGUUACUCAGGGAACAACUCAAUCAAGAAAUCAAGAGAAGGCAGCAAUAUGUUUUAAGAAGCACCAGGGCAGGUCGAGAAAUGCAACAUUUACGUCAAGCUUUAGGUGAUUCACUGAGAACAGUUUCGCAAGAUCCCUCCUUGGAUGCAUUACUCUUAGAACACGAGGCGAGAAAACUAGACAGCACGUUAUCCCAUACCACAAGUUUACCUCCGGGCUUACCUUCUUCCUCCUAUGGUCGAAGAUCGGUUACUCCUCAACCCAAGUAGUAUUUACGUUAGCAUUCCACAGUACCUAUUAAGAUUUACUCCAUCCAUGAUUGUCAAAAAAUAGGGUAACCAUUCGUUAGCUUUCAUACAUUUAUAUGCUCCACAAACUUAGCAAAUUUAGGCGUGAAAAAAUCACAAUACCACGAGAAGUGGCACUAUUGAAUGAAUAUGGAGUAAUUGUUAGUCACAAAAGGGGCACAUAAAUUAGUCAACUUAGAAAUAGGUACGUUAAUAAGCUUGAGUUACACUUUUGGGAACGGUUACCCAUAUUCAAAAAUUGAACACUGCCAUUUUUAUAAUUUGCAAGAAUAUAUUUUUGUAUUUUUAUGUACCUAACACAUUACCGUACUGCUAGCAAAUAUGAUUAAUAAAUUUGUUGUUUAUUAAUGGUAUUUGUGAGUUGAGAAUGAAAUAAUUUAUAUAGUGAAUGGUACUUACAUCGGCGUAGAUACUUUAUUUAGCAUAAGAUGGGGUAGAUUUGUACAAUUUUUUUGCAAUUUAUUAACUUUAUUAAAAGGCCAUUGA